UACUUUUUGUUUUCAGUUACCAUUCACAGGGGAAAGUUGUCUCGCCCUAAUUGUGUGGGUACUUUUCUUUCAAGUUAAUGAAUUGGUAAUAAGAUCGACAGGACUAAAACUUGAUCGACCAUUUACUUGCCGAUAAGAGGAGGUACCAUCUAGUUGGGAGUGUUUCAAGGCGUUAAAAAUGGUACGCCUCAAGAUUCACAUAGUAGUAGCCUGUUUCGGCAUUCUGGGGCCUGCUCUAGUGAAUUGUAUGAGCGAAUGUUAUAAUCCCAAAACGGGUGAUCCCCAAGUCUGUAUACCACCCUUUGUAAAUGCCGCUUUUGGCAAAGUAGUUGAGGCAACGAACACUUGUGGACAAGGGGGAAAAAAAGAACAAUAUUGCCUACAAACUGGCGUAACUGGCGUAAAUAAGUCGUGUCAUUAUUGCUACGAAAGAGAUUCAAGUCAGCGCCAUGAUGCAUUUCUUUUAACUGAUAUUAAUGACGAGAGGAGACCAACGUGGUGGCAAUCACAGACUAUGCUCUUCGACGUCCAACAUCCUGCAAAAGUUAACUUAACACUUGAAUUAGGUAAAGCAUUCGAUAUUACAUACGUGCGGUUGAAGUUCCAUUCAUCACGACCAGAAAGUUUCACAAUAUACAAAAAGACUUGUUCUGAAUGUGAUUGGGUGCCAUACCAAUUUUACUCGGGGACUUGUUACAGCACGUACGGAUUAGACAACAAGGACGUGAUCACGGUAGAUGACGAAAAGAAGGCCCUCUGCACGGAAGAUUACAGUGAUAUUUCUCCAUUGACCGGUGGUAAUGUCGCCUUCAGUACAUUGGAAGGACGACCUAGUGCAUAUAACUUUGACAACAGCAUCGUUUUGCAGGAAUGGGUAACAGCUGUCGCUAUACGUAUCUCUCUGAACCGAAUCAACACAUUUGGAGAUGAGGUGUUCAGUGAUUCAAAAGUAUUGAAGUCAUACUAUUAUGCCAUCUCAGAUUUUGCUGUGGGCGGAAGAUGCAAAUGCAACGGACAUGCUUCUGAAUGUAUAGUGAGCGAUACAGGAACGAUAGUUUGUGUUUGUGAACAUAACACCAUGGGAGAUGAUUGUCAACUGUGUGAACCACUUUAUAACGAUGUACCAUGGAGACGAGGUGGAGACGGAAGUGCGCAUGAAUGCCAAAAAUGCGACUGCAAUGGACUUUCCGAUAAAUGCGUGUUUGACCCCGAUCUUUAUCGAAACAGUGGACACGGAGGAAGAUGUGUGGAGUGCCACGAAAACACAGCGGGUGUGCACUGUGAAUUGUGUCUUCCAAAUCAUUAUAGGGAAGCAUCUUCAAACGGAUGUGUUGCAUGUGGUUGCAGCAUUACUGGCUCAGUGAAAGAACAAUGUGAUGCAAAUGGAGUUUGUACUUGCAAGCCAGGAGUGGGUGGUGAUAAAUGUGAUCAAUGUCUUCCAGGAUUUUUUGGUCUGUCAGAAGCUGGCUGCAGUAUGUGUCAAUGUUCGGCUUAUGGAACAGAAGCUGGCACGGUAUGCGACCCUGUAUCGGGAGAUUGCGUCUGUAAGUUGAACGUUGAAGGAACGCAGUGUGAUAGGUGUAAGCCAGGUACAAUGAAUCUUCAAUACGACAACCCAUACGGCUGCACUGCUUGUUUCUGUUACGGACAUUCGUCAAUCUGUGAGGUAGCUGGUGGAUACACAGUAACGCAGAUCACAAGUUCCUUUGAUGGCGGAGAAGAAAAUUGGAGAGGUGUCGAUGCACGUGGUACUGAACAGGCGUCCUUAUCUUGGAGUGGAGAUGGCAAAAUCGGUCUAAGCGGUCUCUAUUUCAGCGCACCUGCAAAAUAUCUCGGCGAGCAACGUUACAGUUACAAUCAGUUUUUGGAAUUUGUCUUGAGCGUUGAUUCAGACACAGGAUCAGUGUUGGAAGAUGCUGAUGGAAGUGGUGUUGACAUUUUACUCAAAUCUGCUCCAAGAUAUGGACACGAUCUCAUCAUUGAAGGCGAUCAAUAUAGAGUUUCUUUGUCUCUCAAUGAUCAGAACAAUCCAGCCCCAUCUUCUUCAGCUCAAGUAUACCGAUACCGACUUCACGAAGCAGCUGGAUUCCGACCUCGCCUCAGCGCCUUCCAAUUCCAGAAGAUGUUGAAUGAUAUAAAAAGCAUUCGUAUCAGGGCAAUUGGCGAAACCGGUUGGACACACUUACACUCUGUUCAACUUGACUCUGCUGAAUUGGGAGGAAACGGACCACAUGCUGAUUGGAUCGAAUAUUGCCAAGUCGAUGGUUAUUUAGAUGGAUUCGCCGAAAGUUGCGCACCGGGAUACACUCGCGCUCCAGCAAACGGUGGAAAGUAUUCUCCAUGCGUACCAUGCGAAUGUAAUGGUCACGGUACCGAGUGCCAUCCCGAAACAGGUGUUUGCGUGUGCCUGGAAAACACUGCCGGAGACCAUUGCGAAAUCUGUAUGGUUGGAUAUUACAAGAAGAAUGAAAGAUGCGUUCCAUGUCCAUGUCCAAACGAAAUUGCUUGUGCUCCUACUGAUGACGGUAACGUCAAAUGUCUCAGUUGUCCAGAUGGCCACUAUGGAAACCAUUGUGAAUUUUGCAUGGAUGGUUGGUUCGGUGAUCCUCUCGGACUUGGCGCUUGUCAGAGAUGUAGUUGUAAUGGAAACAUCGAUCCUAAUUCAAUUAUGAACUGUGAUCGAAUCACCGGCGAAUGUUUGAAAUGUAUCUACAACACGACAGGAGUGAGAUGUGAAAGAUGUUUAGACGGUUACUACGGCCAACCAGUCACUGACGAUCCGGCUCAGAGAUGCAGAGCUUGCGAAUGUUUUCCACUCGGAAGUCAUGCAGGUGUACAGUGCGACAGAGUUACCGGCCAAUGUUCUUGUCUUCCUAACGUAGUCGGAAAGCAUUGUGAUCAAUGCCAGGAUGGAUAUUGGGACAUCAAGAGCGGAUCCGGUUGCCAAGCUUGUGGUUGCAACUCCGUGGGUGCCACGACAGGAAAAUGUGACCAGGAUGGUGGCCAAUGUGACUGCUUGCCAGGAGUUACAGGUCAACGUUGCGAUCAUUGCAUGGACAAUUAUUUCAACCUCUCAAGAGACGGAUGUACUUUCUGCGAAUGUAGUCCUGUCGGUAGCUCCAAUCUUCAAUGCAACGAAGACGGCAGAUGUGUUUGCAAAGAUGGAGUGCUUGGAAUGAAAUGCGAUCAAUGUCAAGAAAACUAUUAUGAUAUUUCGAGCGGAUGUAUCGAAUGUCCACCAUGUUAUGGACUCGUUCAAGAUGCUGUCAACACACACAGAGGCGAAUUGGAUCGAUUGUCUAGAAUGGUUAAUACGAUCGGAGAUAGACCUGUCAAUGGGGGAGACGACUUUGUUCAAAAGUUAUAUGCGUUGAACAGAACUCUUGUUGAACUAAACAAGAAAGCCAACGAUUUAACUGACAAGAGAAAUGAUUUGAAUGAAAAGGUAAACGAGGUCAACGAUCGAAUUCGUGAAUUGGUUGUCAAAGUGGCCACGGUGGAAAACAACGUUGAUUCUUGUGCGUCCAGGGUGGAAGAAGCAAACCAUACAAGCACAGAAACGAAAAAACUAAUGGAUAAGAUCGACGAUACUCUAGAGACGGCGAAAGAAAAACUGGACAAGGCGAUGGACUACAUCAUCAAAGCGAAGGAAAUUGCUCUCGAAAGCUUAAGCAAGGAAAACAACAUGACAAAAUUAGCUGAUGAAGCUGAUGCCCUCGCUGACCAACAUGAACAGGAGUCUGAGUCUAUCGUAUCAACCGCACAGAAAGCACUGGAUACUUCAAACAAAGCCCUAAGUUCAAUCCAAGAUGCCAUCACAACACUGAAUGAUUUGAUCGAUACAUUUGAUGACAUGACUGAAAAUCGCCUUCCAAACGCUAACGCCCUGCGUGACGAACUCAUCAAACUAUCCGGAGACGUUUUAGACAAAACAGCAGAGUCGAAAGCAAAUGCAACAGAUUUAUUGACAGAAGCUCAGAAACUUGCCGCCUCAAUGCCAUCUUAUAAUACAGAAGAACUCGACAUCGAAGCAUCGAAUAUUAUUGCGCGCGCUAGCAAACUCGUCCCUGAUAUCAACGAUCUCAAUGAUGAAUACAUGGACGGACAUUUGCAACUUCAAGCUAAUAUCGACAGAGCUGAAACACUUUUAGGAAUGGCGGAUGCUAUGCAAGAUACGACUGACAUGUUGACUGCACAGGCACACAGUGCCCGGGAAACAGCGAAAGACGCAGUGGAAAAGGGUGAUGCGGCAUACCAAUCACUUCUCGACAUUCAAAAAUCACUCGAAGCGUUCUACGACCAGAUCGAAGAUAAUAGGCAAAAGGCGACGGAAGCGAUGGAAGGCGCAGACGACAUCAACGCCACAAUUGCAUCAGCUAACGCUAAGACGGCAGAAGCCCAAGCAGCUCUUGGAAGUGCCAGAAAAACCGCUCAACAAGCAAGAGGAAAAGCUCAAAACGCUCAGAGCAUUGCGGAAGACAUUCAAACGAGAGCAGCUGAAAUUCGUGCUGAUGCUGACGAUUCGUAUGGAACGAUCAAUGACGUCAGCAACACAGUGAACGACCUCGCAGGCGAAGUCAGAGCUACAAAAGCUGUAUUGGACGACGCUGCAGCCAAGACCGACGCGAAUGCAGAUGCCGUUGACGAGGCGACAGCUGAUGCCGCAAACGCCAAAUCUAAAGCAACCAACGCUGAACAAAAAGUCAACGAUGUUUUGGCGAAAUUACGUCAACUCCUCUUGGAUUUGGAUAAUUUGCCCGACUUGAAUGAAGACGACAUUGCGGAAUUAGAAAGAGAGUUGCAAUCGUUGAUCGAUGAGGUCGAAGAUGCCGAUGUUCAAUCAUCUAUUGACGCUUUACAAAUUGCAGUAGACUCGCAAGCCGCGACAUUGGAAAAUUACGACCGCGAGAUGGAGCUAUUGCGUGCCGACGUGGAAAAUUUGAGGCAAAUCGAUGCAACAUUACCUGUCGGCUGCUUUUCAGAUGAAGCCCCGGUCGAGCAGCCUUGAUGAAGUCCUAUUUGGGCGCGAACAUGUGACUAACCGUAUACUUACAAAAGUGCGCCCUUUUGUUCCGAAGGUGUUUUGUCUGGGGUGAGAUUUUUCAGGGAUUCUAAGAGAGGAACCGCCUCUUUGCCUCUUUCCGCACGCCAUUAUUGCGUCAGAGUGACGUAAUUGGAAUUGCGUCAUAGACACGCGCGUUUUACCAAAUCCGAAGAUUAUUAACCUUUAUUAUAUUGUAACCUCUAAAAAUGAAGCUCUCCGCCAAAACGGCGCAGGCGCUUUGGCAGAAUGCAGAAUAUUUUUCUCAGUCCAUUUUAUAUUUCUAACCAAGUGUGAAGUUGCCUUAGAUGUGAUGAAUUAUACUGAUAUCAUGUUUUGUUAUUCUGAAAAUGCUUUCUUUUUAACCAAGAGAUAGUUAUGUGUUUCAUGCUCUAACUAGAAUGGAUUGGAUUCAAAACAUCUUUCGAUCAAGCAUGGGCAACGACAAGGUUUUAUCAUUUUCUACUACCAAAGCGUUGUGAUGAUUAGGAAAUGUUUUAUGUGAUUUUAAAUAUUAGAAGAAUAAACUUGAAUUUAUUCUAAUUUUUAGGACAUACUGGUUAGGUUUUACGUUGUCAUUUAGUUGCCUCCAUCCUAUUAGUCUUUCUGUAAUCUUGUUUUAUUCAGUUUUGUUUGACUUUUUCACUUUUGUCGCCCUUCUUGAUUAUAAUAUAUUAUUAUUUACCCUUUGUUGUAUUGCUCUCACACAAUUUUUUUAUCUUUUUGAUGUAUUUCUUUGCGAAUGCCUAUCAAGGUAAAGAUAUGGUUAUAUUGUAAGACAACAGCUAAUUUGAUUUCAAUAAAUUUGGAUUUUGGAUUAUGUUAUGGCUUCCCUCUAUAAAUUGGAUUUUUUUUUGUUUUUGUGUUUUAACCUCAUUGCUUAAUCAAUUUUUAUAUCGUAUUCUACGCCAUUUUAUCCUUUUCAAUAAAUAUGGUAACUUUUGACAUUAUGAAUUGCUAUUAUCUAUCUUUUAUGAACAUUUCAUUCGGGUAUAAGGACAGGUCCCACAUCGUAUCAAACAUGUAUAAAGUCAGUUUGGUCUGGUUAGGAAAUUGUUCAAGCGUUUUAAGAUACCGUUAGUGGGCUAAGUUGUUGUCAAUUAUAAGCCAAGAAUGAAGCUAUGGUAAUGAUAUUGAUGAUAGGGUGAAUUGUUGGCUAUAUAUGGUUUGUCUUAUUCCAACGUUUUCGUGGAGAUUUGCUUUCACGAAUAUUGUAUUAGUUAAAUUGCAUUUAAUAUUAAUUCAGCUCAAAUGCUUCCUGAUCUUCUUCAGGUAUUUAUUGUCACAUUCAUUCAGCUUUUUUGUUACUUAUACUUAUCUAUAUGUAUCUUGUUUGUACGUUGAAUUUGUCCAAACCGUGUUUGAUGGAAGAUUAGACAAUUUUAGAGUUCCAUGCCUUUGUAUGUAUGACAUGUAUCUGACGUCAUACAAAUCUGGGACAUCACAACCUCGCAUUUAUAUACCUGUUGUUGGGUAUUGAAUUUCACUAAAAAAUAUUUGCAAUCUUUUUCGAGUUAUUAUUCAAAUGAUGUGUUAAAUUUGGCGAGGGCAGAACAUUUUCUAACCUAGGCUAAAGCAAAAAAUUAAAAAAAAUAUUUUCGAAGUGGUCAUUUGUCGAAGUAUCAUACGUCACAUCUAUGUAGUAUCCGAUUAAACAUGCGAGUGACAAUCCGACUGAUUCCUUUUGGCGCUGAAGCUGCCUUUGUGUUUUUCCCUUCCACGUCAUUAGUUAGAAGCGAUCGGAGUGUAAUAGUAGAUAUGAUUUAUGAGAUGAAAUUUUUUUACCAUAAUUAUUAUUAUUAAUGUUAUUGUGUUUUUUGUUCGAUGGAAAUUGAUUGCUGAUCAUGUUCAAGUUCUCUAAACCCUUUUAUAAUUUAUCAGGUCUGACGUUGCCCAUGGGUGUUAUGGCGAUGUUUACUCGAGAUUUGCAUCUGGUAAUAUUCAUUUGAAGGUUUUUCUGUUCUGAUGAAACAAAUACUUAGUAGCUAGAAAUGCCACAAAACACAUUUGGAAAAGUAACAAUAAACUUCUAUGUACAUUUUUUGAAAACGUUGGACAUUAAAGCUUCAUGUAAAAGGCUCAGACUUGAUGUGAUCAGCCGAUCAAUUUCCACCUUUUCGUGUAUAUCUUAUGUGCGUUAUUGAUAACCAGAAAAUAUAUUAUUGAAAGGCCUUUGAAUGCAGCAUGUCGCGAGAGACGAAUCCUUUAAUUUUUGUGUUGUCCUUGUAUGAUUGUAGUUAAUAUUGUUGUUAAUAUAAUCUUUUCUAAUCAGAAUAUGUUGCUUUAUCAAGCAUGGUCCAACGAUACAUCUGGUUCAUGCUUGGUUACAAUUUACUUCAAAAGUUGCAAGAGGGUUUACUUAGAAACGAGAGCAUAAAAUAAUAAAUUUGAAUAAUUAGUUUAAAAAUUGUUGUCACUUCAAGACUUUUCCCAUUAAAAAUUGCAUAAUUUAGGCUGAUUUUGAAUAUAUUUUUUAAAAAUGAUGGACAAAACAAAUGUCUUUUUGACGAUCCACCCAUCUAAAUCAAAUCCUGAUAUUUUUCCAUUAUCGACUUACUUCAGCUGAUGGCAACAUAUUCUGAUUGGAUCUUUUUUCAUAAUAUUACGUAUCAUAAAAAAUAUCGCAUUUUACACAUUUUGUUGUUUACUUUUGAUGUUUGAUCGUGUUGUGUUUUUAUCAAGAUUGUGCCACUCUUCUUUCUUAUAUUUUACUGUUUUUUUUUCUAAUUCAGCAUAAAGUGUCCUUGGGAUGUUGGGAUUUUAUUUUAUAUAUUAUUAGUAUUAUUAAAUCCAUUCUCACGUUAAUGAAUAGGGUGAUACGCCUUGUAUCUUACUUAGAAUAUUAAUGUUCAAUCUGUCAAGUGUAUUCCUCAUAUUUUACAUACUCGGAAACAUUCUUAAUAUUAACUAUUUUUUAAUCUGUAAUACCGAACAAACUUUUGACCCAUUACCUUAAAAUAUAUAUAACCAAAUA